AGAAAAAUAACAAAAAUGUCAUCCGCAUGUGUCUUAAUGACAGUGACAAAUUAACAUGGAAAAAAAUUUUCAAGGUUAGGCAGGGGGUGAUGCAAUGUAAUAAAUUUUUUAAAAUAUUAUAUAAUUUAAUAAUUGGUAGCCCAAUACGAUAAAUCUCAUAAUAAAGCAAUGGCAAACUCUCAGCCAAUAUUUGACUAUCGAGAUGAAUCUCAUGCUGACAAGUUAGCCAGAAAAUCUAAAGAUUCACCUUUUAUGAUAAUAGGUAUCAUUGGCCUUAUUGGCGUUUGUGGAUUUGGGGCAUAUAAAUUCAAGACUAGAGGUGAAAUGAGCACAAGUGUGUUUCUAAUGCAACUUCGUGUAGCAGCUCAGGGCACAGUCGUGUCUGCACUAACAUUGGGCUUAGCAUACACAUUAGCCAAGAAACAUUUGUUCAAAGAUGACAAAGCCGAAUAAUGAUAUUUUGUAUUAAUUUAGUCAAAUUACUUAAACCAGUCUAAAGCUUAACUUUGCUACCUCAAAAUCUCACAAUGUUUGGAACCAACAGAAAUCUCAAAAUAUCUCAUUUUAUUUUUGUAGUAUUUAUUUUUUUUUAACAAUUCACAUAUUGAUUUAGAUAUUGGUUUAGCUUAGUUGUAUUAAUUCGGAGCAAAGCUCAGCUUCUGUGAUCAUUAGAAAUGUAUGUAGUUUUCUUUUGUCCGAGGUCUGGUUUAAAUUUUGUGAUAUGUGUAACAUAUUUAAUUUUAAGAAUUAAUUUAUUUAUUAAAUGAUUCAAGCUUUAAA